CGUCAGCGUUUACCCUUACUCUCGAAUGUGGUAAUCAAGAAGACGACAGAAACUUUCGAACAAGUUCUGGAAUCUGAAGUAUUGUUCUAUAAUUAUUUUGGAAUACAUACGAGUGUUCGUUGAAUUUUUAAAACAUGGCUGAGUCGAGUGAGCCACAAAAAAUAAAAUUGACCGUUAAAACCCCGAAGGAUAAGAAAGAUGUAGAGGUACCGGAAGAGGCCUCAAUCAAAGAGCUGAAAGAAAUUGUAGCUGAAAAGUUUGGGGCAACUGCUGAACAGGUGUGCCUUAUCUUCGCUGGCAAAAUUCUUAAAGAUCAGGAGACAUUGAAAGGGCACAACCUGAAGGAUGGACUCACAGUACACCUUGUCAUCAAAUCUGGCAAUACCAUCAGAACCACACAGGAAUCACCAAGCAAUGUUUCAUCCAACACAAUGCCGCAGCCGUCUGUAACUCCUAGUAGACUGGCAGAGCCGAGUCCCUCUUCUCCCUUUGGAAUUGGUGGAUUGGGUGGUCUUGCAGGUUUAUCAAAUAUGGGAUUGGGCUCAGGGAACUUCAUGGAGAUGCAGCAAAACAUGCAAAGGGAAAUACUUUCGAAUCCUGAAACACUACGCAAUAUGAUGGACAAUCCUCUUGUUCAAUCACUUAUGAGUAACCCUGACUAUAUGAGACAAAUUUUGACUUCUAACCCACAAAUGCAGCAGUUGCUGGAGCGUCAUCCAGAAAUCAAUCAUGUAAUGAACAAUCCAGAAUUGUUGAGACAAACGAUGGAAAUUGCAAGGAAUCCUGCCAUGCUGCAAGAACUUAUGCGCAGUCAGGAUCGGGCUCUUUCUAAUUUGGAAUCAAUUCCAGGAGGUUACAGUGCCCUUCAACGAAUGUAUCGCGACAUUCAGGAGCCAAUGUUCAAUGCUGCUCAAGAACAGUUUGGUGGCAAUCCUUUUGCCGCUUUGGUUAAUAACGCCGGGCCUCUUGCUGGGUCGGCUAAUCCUCAAGCAGGACAAGAAAACCGUGCUCCUUUACCAAAUCCCUGGUCUGGACCAUCUUCGACUCAGUCGCCUGGAAGCAAUUCUGAGACUAGAACUGGCGGUGAAAAUCGAAGCCCAUCCAGUUCAGCUGCCCAAGGUGUAACAGGCAUGCCAGGCAUGCCCGGCAUGAUUAAUUCACCAGGAAUGCAGUCUUUGAUGCAGCAGAUUGUCGAUAAUCCGCAACUUAUGCAGAGUAUGAUGAAUGCCCCUUAUGUCCAAAGUAUGUUCCAACAAAUGGGUUCAAAUCCACAACUAGCCGAACAGAUGAUCCUCAACAAUCCUCUUUUUGCCAGCAACCCAGCUAUGCAAGAACAAAUGAGGACAAUGCUACCAACAUUCAUGGCUCAGCUCAAUAAUCCGGAAAUUCAGAAUUUGGUCACAAACCCACAAGCUAUGUCGGCGAUGAUGCAGAUUCAACAAGGAAUGGAGCAACUCCGACAAGUCGCACCAUCGUUUGCUACUACUCUUGGUCUCGGUUCUCUUCCUCCGCCUUUGAAUCCUACUGCAAGCACUACACCCGCUGCCUCGGAUACAACGUCAACGACAACAGCUCCUCCACCGACGACUACCCGGCCUGGAUCUGACGCUUUUAGCAACAUGAUGGCAAGCAUGCUAACUUCCCUAGCAGGUCAAGGUGGAAUUGGAAGCGGAAUUGGCGGUGGUUCCACCCAACCACCGGAAGAAAGAUACCGUUCACAGUUAGAACAAUUAACAGCUAUGGGAUUUAUUAAUAGAGAGGCCAACCUCCAAGCCUUGAUCGCAACCUUUGGCGAUGUGAAUGCUGCUGUGGAAAGAUUACUGCAGAAUCGCCCUAUGAUUUAAAUGUUGUCUGAAGAUUUUUUGUGUUCUUUUAUUUUCAUAAUUACCUUUCCUUCUUACCACUCUCUUGCCAUUCUUUUCUUAUCACCUAGUAAUUCCUUUCUAACUCUUCUCGGUUGAGUAUCUUGAAAAUGAUCAGUUGAUUUCGAUAUCGAGCGCUAACUUUUCAAGACUGUUUACAAGGUACUUUUUCUUGUAGUCAGACGGGUUGUAACAUUGAUUUCUUUGUCUAACAUCUCUUGUCCUAUUACCCACCCUUUAAGUUUUUUUCCAGGUCUUUCCAGACACAUUUCCAAGCCUAUCACUUCUCCCUUCCUUUGGUUGUAUAAUCUGAUGUUAGAAUCCAUCCAAUAUAUAAAUGAUCAGAA